AUGCUGUAUAUACUCAUCUCUUUUUUUGAUGUUUCAGUUGUAUAGUGAUUGUUAAGGGAUGACAAGCUCAUCAUGGGUGCAUCAGAGCUGAGUAACCAGACCCCAGAUCCGUCCCCGGGACAUGAGGCAUGCUAUAUUGCCAGUCUUGAUCUUGGAACUACAACACUUCGCUGUUUCAUCUAUGAUACAAAUGUUCGUGUACUUGGCAAGGCAGAAGAGAAGGUGACUCUCCUGUACCCAACCCCAGAACGUGUAGAGAUGGACCCAGAAGAAUUAUGGGAGAAAUUUCUCAAGGUCAUAAAUGAUGCUAUAUCCAAUGCUGGACUAAACCCUGAGAACAUUCGUUGUUUUGGCCUGAGCACACAAAGAGCGACUUUCAUCACGUGGGACAGACGAACUGGUGAAACUUUUCACAACUUCAUCACGUGGAAGGAUAUUCGUGCUGAUUAUCUGGUCAAGCAGUGGAAUGCUUGUCUGACAAUGAAGACUAUACGUUUUGUCAGCUCUGUGCUCUACAAGAUUUUGAGAAACAAGAGGUGUCUAGCUGGUAGUGUACUCACUUUUAUGAAUAUUCAAGUAAAUAUGAGACUGAAAUGGGUACUUGAAAAUGAUGAGAAAGUGAGGAAGCUAGCACAGGAAGGCCACGUCAUGUUUGGCACAAUUGACACAUGGCUUAUCUACAAACUGACUGAAGGAAAGAUUCACGCUACUGAUUAUUCCAAUGCUAGUGGAACAGCAUUGUAUGACCCCUUUAUAGAGGACUGGAAUGAGUUUUUCCUUAAACUCUUCAAAAUGCCAAGAAGCAUUUUCCCAGAGCUGCGGCAUUCUGUAGGAGACUGGGGAGUGUGUUCACCCAAGUUUUUCGGAGUUCCUGUACCAAUCACAGCAGUGGUGUCAGAUCAAGGUGCUUCCCUGUUUGGUUCAUGUGGGUUUCAGCGAGGGGACGUCAAGGUCUCUCUUGGGACGGGUGCUUUCCUCGAUGUCAACACUGGCAACAAGGCCCAUGCUUCUGUCAAAGGAAUAUAUCCAGUUCAUGGAUGGAAAGACAAGGAAGGAUUGAUACAUAUGGCUGAGGCAUCUUCAAAUGACAAUGGUACUGUAAUUGAAUGGGGCAAACAAAUUGGUUUGUAUGACAACGCUUCAGUAACAUCAGAAAUGGCAAAUUCAGUGAAAGGUCCAAACACUGUAUUCUUCAUUCCUGCAUUCCAAGGAAUUCAGGCACCCUUGAAUGAUGCCCGAGCUACAGGUGGCUUCCUUGGCCUUAGUGCUGAUACCAGCCGUGCACAUAUGGUACGGGCUAUGCUAGAGUCUCUUGCAUUUCGUAUAUACCAGAUGUAUAGUGCUAUGCUUAAGGAAGCAGACUACGAUCUUCUUCAUCUCAGUGAAAAUUUACCCCUCAGAGUCGAUGGGGGUGUUGCACAGAAUGACUUCUUGAUGCAAAUGAUCGCCACAUUGACUGGAAAGAAACUAGAGAGACCAAAAUCCAUAGAUGUUUCAGCUCUGGGGUGUGCUUUUUUGGCUGGUAUGGGAGCAGGCAUAUGGAAGUCCCGUGCUGAGUUGAUUCCACUGCGACAAGUAGAACGAGUCUUCUAUCCACAGAUGGAUCUUCAACCCCAACUUUUAGGGCAAAUGAAGGAAUGGGAGAGAGCUCUGCAGCGCUUUACUAAAUGGCAUACAAAGAGCAGUUUAAACAAGGCCAAGUCCUAGGAAACUUUUAAUGUUCAUCAGAAUGUUCACAAUACUUGUUAUCAUUGUCAUCAUCAAAAGUGUUCAUCAUCUUUAUCUCCAAGUUCUAGCGCUCAGUCUGUGUCUGUUGUAGGAGCAAACAGUCCACAAAAUUACACAGAUUUGAGUGAGUGUAAAAUCCCAAGUGAAUGCACAGUUUGUAGUGUGUGUGGGACUAAUCUCAGGGAUAUACCAGGUCAGAAGAGAUGCACAGGUACCCCAGAACCUGAGGCACAUACUUCAGGCUUUAAUAAUACCACAAACUCAUUGAUCUUUUUGCUUGGUGCUGUGAUAUUUUUUUUCAUAAGCUGGGCUCUGUAUUAUGUUCUUCAUUAAAUCAUCAAACUCAACAGAACACUGAAUGAAAUUUAAUGAAGAAUUAUUUGUUGAAAGAUGAAUUUGACAAAAUAUAUAUCAUGUUACAGUAAUAUUUUUCUAAUUUUAUAUUGUAUUGACUUCCAUUUAUAACUAACAUAGUAUUGAUCUCUCCUCCUUCAAAGAGGGUGCAUUGAUUACAGUGAAGGGCUCUUAAUCCAAAUAAUUGGUGCUACCUUUCCAUUCCUUGGCUGAAUCUGAUUACCUCCCACUCUUAGAGUGCUGUAUGACAUCCUACAGAAUUAGUAUUUCCUCAUGAGUGUAAUAAUAAUUGACUUUCCCUUUUCCCAGUAUUUUCUCACAUUCCUGCAUCAAUUUUUAUUAGUUGGAUAAUGGAACCCUUAUAUCCACCUUUUUUCAUAAAGCACUUAGUGUUUGUGUCAUUCUAAAGUCCUAUUAUAUAACCUAAUAUAUCAGACUUGUUUGCCACAAUUAAUCAAAGUUUCCUUCAUGACUGCAUUAUGCUUGUAGAUCAGUCUUGUGUCACGUCUACUUGUAAUUUUCAAUUAAGUGAAAGCCUUCUUCCAAUUUAAAACACUUCCCAGUUGGUUAUACAAUGGAAGAUUUCAUUAUUGUAUUAAGAUAGUUCAUAUUGCAUAAAACCGUCCUAUUCUGUAUAAUGGGAGUUACACUGCACAAUGUCUUCCAUGUGGAGUGUACAAGGACAUAAUAUUCACACUGUUAAUAUUAUGACAGGUUAUACACUCUCAAUAAUGUGUAAUCAUAGAGCCAAUCAUUACUUUUACAGUAAUAUUACUUCAUGUCACCACAUUAGUGUACAUUACAACAUGUCUCUGCAUUAUGACACCACUGUGUACUGCACAUUGACAUGUCACUAUACUACUGUACAUUAACACAUCAUUGUGCUACUAUACAAUGACACAUCAUUGUCCUACUGUUCAUUGUGACAUCACUGUGCUACUGUUCAUUAUGACACAUCAUUGUACUAUGGUUCAUUUUACAUCAUUGUACUACUGUACAUAGACACAUCACUGUGCUGUUGUAUUAUGACUUAGCAUUGUGCUGGUGUUCGUUAUGACACUUCAUUGUACUACUGUACAUUAUGACUUGUCACUGUACUACUGUUCAUUAUGACACAUCAUUGUACUAUUGUUCAUUAUGACACAUUGUACUACUGUUCAUUAUGACACAUUGUACUACUGUGCAUUGACAGGUCACUGUAUUACUGUACAUUAUGAUAUAUCACUAUGUUACUGUACAUUAUGACAUAUCACUAUGUUACUGUACAUUAUGACAUAUCACUAUGUUACUGUACAUUAUGACGUGUCACUGUACCACUGUUCAUUAUGACACACCACUGUACUACUGUUCAAUAUGACAUCACUACUAAUGUAUAUUGUAACAUGUCACUGUACUACUGUACAUAUGACAUGUUGCAUCACUGCACACACAAAACUUCCAGAAAUGUAGUGUGGCUAUGUUGGCAUGCUCAUGUUCCUCUGUUUUGUCCUUGAAACGUUGCUUCUUUUUAAGGUUGUACAACUCACUCAGUAGUUAUGUGCAGACAGGAUUGAUAAUUCAGUUAUGCAGUCCACAUACAGGUUUUUUCCUUGCUAUGUGUGGGUUUGCUUUGUGACUUCACUAUUAUGCAGUGAAGAAUAAAAAGUCAUUCCAUGGGGAAGAAUCCUUCGUCUGUAAGCCAUGUGUGUCAUAAGAGGCGACUAAGCUGCAAGGGGCUAGUAAACCCUUCUCCUGUAUAAACUGCUAAAUGUAAAAAGAAGAAAAGCUUUUGUGUCUUCUUUUUCGGGUCACCCUAUCUUGGUGGGAGAUGGCUGGUGUGUUAUGGAAAAAAAGUCAAUAUCAUGGCCGGAACAAAUCACAAAUAGUUUACAUUUAGAAGAAACUUAUAGUUCAGGACAGACUGAAACAUUGUCAUGAGUUUCUUCUUCUAGGUCCAGGUUAUUUAUGAUCAUUAUCCAACGUCCUAUUUCUGUUGGUAAUUUCUUAAUGCACUAUACAUUGUAUGCAAUCGCUGCAUUUCAAAAAGUGCAUUGAAUAUUUUUAUUAUGUGAAAUUAAGUGCUUAUGGAUAACCUAAUCAAGCUUAGUACAGCUGUUGCAUAAAACUUGGGACACCUGUACUGUAUUCUCUGGCAUCCAAAAUGUGUUUUCCUGUGGUAGAGGAAUAUAUGUUUCAUCAAUUAUUUUGGUAGGUGAAUAAUGCAUUUCCAAUAAUUAUUAUUAUUUAGCUUUUCUAUCUUGAGGACCAUCAUGAGUGUAAACGUACAAGUUAGCAGUAUUCAAAAUGUUAAGUUUUGACGCUCUUGCAUGGGUUUUGGCAUGGAAAAAACUGAAGGGAAAUCUAAUUUUAUUUCUCUUAGUCUAAUGUAUAAAUAAUUUUUUAUGGGUUCAUUUUAGCUAACAGUUUCUGCUAUAUGAAGUGUAACCAGAACUAGGGACAGUUGGUAGGAAAUUGCAGUACAUAUACUAUAGUACAUUAUGUGGGCAGGAGGGUUGACAUAUGCAACCUACUCUUCCAUCUUGCUUAUAAAUGUCAACAAAGUGAUCACAUGCUGUAUUAUAUUUUGCUGUAAGAUUUCUAUUUGUAUGUAAUACAGUACAUGCAUGUAACAGGUGUUCAAGAUAUAGAUAAAAAAAUAAAAACUGCAGGAAAAAAUGAGGAAUUUGUGGGCAGGAGGACUUUUAUGUACAGUGGAACCCCGGAUAUCAGACUUUUUGAAUUUCAGGCACUUUUUUUCAUGCAAAAUUUUGCUUCGAAUUUCGAGCCUUGUUCUGGGAAGCGCACGUAUCAGACGCGUCCACCUGCCAGGAUGCUGCUUCAGUCUGGCUCUGUCACUGGUUAAGUGAGCAUUCAUCCGAAACAUUUCACAAUUUUUGUGCCUGUUUAUUAAUUGUGACUGUGAAAUAAGCCACCAUGGGCCCAAAGAAAGUUCCUAGUGCCAGCCUUUUGGUAAAAAAAUUGGGAAACAUGAUAGAAUUAAAGAAAGAGAUUGUAGAAAAAUACAAAAGUGGCAUACGUUUAGCCGAGCUUUCCAGGAUGUAUGGGAAGUCGAAACCAACAAUCUUUUCCAUCCUGGCAAAGAAAGUAGAAAUCAAGGAAGCUAAAGUUGCGAAAGGGGUGAAUAUGCUAACGAAACAGAGUCCAUGGGGUUGGAUGUGAAGGGCCAGGAUGUGGAAGAGUUGGUGGAGGACCACAGGGAAGAGGUAACCACUGAAGAGCUGCAAGACCUUCAACUGGAACAGCAACAGACUGCAGCUGAGGAAAUUGCUUCAGAGGAGGAGGAAGAGAGAGGGGAGAAGGUGCCUCCUUCAGUGAUUAAGGACUGUGUGCAAAGUGGAAUGAGUUGCAAACUUUUGUUGAAAAAUGCCACCCUGUCCAAGCUGAAACAAGCCAUAUUUGCAACAUGUUCAGUGACAAAACCUUGUCCCACUUCAGGCAAAUCUUAAAAAGAGAUGCAAGAAAUAGAGCUCCCCGGACAGUUUUUUUGUGCGACAGGGGUGCAGUGACUCAAGCUGGUCCUAGUGCCAGUAAAAGACAAAGAAGGGAAGUAACUCCAGUGAGGGCUUUACCUAAGGUCCUUAUGGAGGGGGAUUCCCCUUCCAAACAAUAACCUCAAUUCCCUCUCCUCUCCUCACCUUCUGAGUAUUAACAAAGGGAAUACUGUAUAUGGGUAUUAACAAAGGGUAUAUAAAUAAGGUCUUGAGGAUAUCUCUCCAAGAGAGAACUUGAACAAGUUUAGAUUUAGAAAGGAUAUAGGAAAGUAUUGGUUUGGAAAUAGGGUAGUUGAUGAGUGGAACAGUCUACCUAGUUGGGUUAUUGAAGCUAAAACCUUGAGUAGUUUCAAAUUUAGGUUGGAUAAAUACAUGAGCAAGGGGUUGGAUUUGAGCGGGACUUGCAUAUAUUAGUGGAUAGAGUUAUCAGACCUUAUUUCUUGGGUAGCAUUGAAAAUUGGGUUGGGCAAAUGUUUUUGUUAGCAGGAUGGAUUGUAAAGGACCUGCCUAGUAUGGGCCAAUAGGCCUGCUGCAGUGUUCCUCCUUUCUUAUGUUAUUAACCCUUUGAGGGUCCGUCCCGUAGAUCUACGGCUUUACGUUCAGGGUCCAAACCGUAGAUCUACGUCAUGAGCUCAGCUCACUCUGAUAAACUGUGAGUGGUACAUUUGGGCCUAGAUAUGAGAGAAUACAUCUAUGUGGUAUGUGUGCACCACAUAAAACAGAUCCUGCAGCACACUGUGUAUAAUGAGAGAAAAAACUGAAAUCAUGAUUUUUCGAUUAAAACAGCGACUUUGCAGUGUUUUUUCGUAUGUUUUUUAUAGUUCUAUUUGCAAUUUCUUGGUCUCAUUUGAUAGAAUGGAAGACAUAUUACAGAAAUAGAGAUGAUUUUGAUUGGUUUUAGCACUGGAAAUGGCUUGAAACUGAGCUCAAAGUAGCAGAAAUGUUAAAUUUUUGCCGAUAUUCAAGAGUAAACAAACGACCUCACACGUCUAAUACACGCCAGCUGGUGGGUCUAAUAUGCAUUCACAAAUAUGGUGAUGAUAUUUAUACAAUUAUUACAGUAUUGCAUAACAGUAAAUCUUCUAUUUUUUGGUGUGAAUAAAAAUUCAUUAUGUGAAUAAAAAAUAAAAAUGGAAUUUAUUUGUAAAGCCUCAAAACGUAACUAAUGAACAGAGGAAAUGUUAGUUUAGUUCCAUGAAUACCUACAUUGUUUAUUCUGGACCCUAUUUUGAAAUUGGAAUAUUUUGAACUUUGUGUUAAAUUGGCCAAAUUAACAAUUUCCGAUCACUUUAAUUUGUAGUUGAAACAGUUGACUUGGCGAUUUCUUGUGCUCAAUCGAUAGAAUAGAAGUAAUACUAGUGAAAUAGCUAAGAACUUGGUUGACUGGAAUAAUGUAAUUGGCCUAAAAUGGGAGUCAAAGUCGGCAAAAUCGCCGAUUCGUAAAUAUCGCUGACACAUCAAAAUUCGCGAGAGCAUAAUUUUAUCAAUUUUCCAGCAAAUUUCGUACUUUUUGUUUUAUUACCUUCACAAAAAGAUUCUCUACCAUUUCAUAAGAAAAAAUAACAAUUUUUUUUUUUUUUAAAUUCUUGGACACUGGGGCACCACUUUAGAUUUGGGCCUUGGACCCUGAAGGGGUUAAUAUGCCAACAAGACUCUUCAAUAAAGGUAUGUAAUGUUUAUAUUUAUUUAUCAUUGUUUUCUGUAUGUUAAACUAUAGUUAUUCUUUAAAAAAUGAAUUUUUUGUGAAUGUCUAUGGGUGUCUGGAACGGAUUAAUCAUAUUUACAUUAUUUCUUAUGGGAUAUAUUACUUCGGUUUUCGCACUUAUCGGAUUUAGAAUGACCUUCUAGAAUGUAUUAAGUACAAAAUCCUGGGUUCCACUGUACUUGCGAACACUUUUUCAAUCCUUCUUCCAAGUGUAUAUCUGGAACCAGAAACUCCUCAUACGUACAUAUUAGCAUAGCAAUCACUUGCAACAUACUUGUUUUAUACCAUGCUGUUAAUUGGAUAUCAUUCCUAUGUGUGUGAUAAAAAGAACAAAAUUUCUCUAAUGAAUAUGAUAUGUUUUGUUUUAGGCUCACUUCACAACUUACUGCUACAUUAAGACAUCACAUAAACAUUUUGUACUAUGACUUUUUUUUUUUUAUAUAUAUAACAUGCUGGCUAUCUCCCAUUGAGGCAGGGUGACCUGUAAAAGAAAGUUUCACCACCCACACUAUCACUGUCUUGUCAGAGGCAUGCAGAUACAACAGUUUAGAUGUCAUUCUAAAUAGGAAAUAUCCCAAACCCCUUCUGUAGAGUGCAGGCACUGUACUUCUCGCCCUUCUCACCUCCAGGACUCAAGUCCAGCUCACCGAUUAUUGCAUAACGGCAUUAUAGAGAAAUUUUUUGUGUAGAAAGCUAUACAACUUCACUGCCAGUUAUGUAUAACUUUUUUUUUAAUUCAUUAAUAAUUAUUAAUGCAUUUGUUAAAAAGCAAGAAAAACCAUAUGUUCAUUUUAUACACAUAUAGUAAGCUCGUAUUUUUUUUUUCCUAUCACACCGGCUAUUUCCCAGCAGAAGUGUGCAGACAUCAGCAUCCUGAUGAUCCACUUAGCUAGACUCAAGUUCUCCUAACCUUUUUCCUUGAAUCCCUUUGUAAAUGUUACCUUGAUGAUACCUCAACAGAUAUGAAAUAGUAAAAAUCAUGUACAGUAUCCCCACUUAAAUUCAACUUUUUUUUUAUAAAGCUGGUUCACAGAAUGUUAUGCUAUUUAACCAAAUGCAUUAAUAUUUUGCUUAUAUGGUGACGGCUUUUAUUAGUAGAAAUUAGACCAGAAUAAUAGAAAUAAUUAUUAUGAUGGUUUAUGAAAAAAUAAUUAUUAAAUUAGAUAAGUUUAUCUCAUAAAGAAUUAUAAAUAAAAUACUCUCUCAAAUAAAAUUAAAACAGGAAGGUAUAAGGAGAGGAGGAGUUCGAGGUAAUCAGUCCCUCAGCCUGGAACUGAUGUGUUCAGUCCAUCACUCUUGUAGGAAGUACAGCACUUUGUAUCAAGAUCCCAUGAUCUUGAUACAAAGAAUUCUUCAACACUUGUCCAACCUUUGAACGAAGGCCUACUUACACUAGUGGAUGGUCCCACUGUGAUCCCACCUCCUCGUGCUUCGACUCGCCUGACUGCAGUAUAUAAGCCACUUCUCUGGCCCUACGCUGUACUUCCUACAAGAGUGAUGGACUGAACACAUCAGUUCCAGGCUGAGGGACUGAUUGCCUCAAACUCCUCCUCUCCUUAUACCUUCCUGCUUUGUAUUGGACUGAUGAAGCCACUGUGUAGCAAAACGUUUCUUCAAUAAAGAUUCCCGUAUGUUGCAUAAGUGCCUCAAUUCUUCAACUUGUCGGUUUGCAAAACCAUUUACAACAAAAUUAAAACAUAUUUCAGUAAGUCAUAACAAAGUUAUUGUCAGAACUGCAUUAUUCAUUUGCCAAGAUAAAAGUAAUAUGGUGUAUCUUCUUGCAAACAAUGGCAUUUUGUUCGCAGUUUUUUCUUUGUCCCUAAACCUUGUGUUUCUACCAGCUUCUUUGUUAACAGCAUUUGAAAGUUGCCUGUGCCACUCCAGCAUUUAUUACAGUCAGUGUGAUAAGAGUGGUGUAUAUUGUUAUUUCCAGCAAAACAGAAUACUAUAUAUUUUUGCUUGGUGGGAAGAUGUCUGCAACAGUGGUGGCAAAUGCCUGUUCAUGCAACAGCAGGAACCAUUAGUUACUUCACUUAUAUCAAGCAAAAUAAAAUGGCUGGGUAAGAAAGAGUAUAUAAGGCAGCAGGCUCCGAUAUGUCAAACACUGCUAUCUGCUACCUGCCUAUAUUUUUCUUGCAAUAAGAAAGACAAAACUUAUUUCAGCCACACCUAAUGCCUGGAGGACUGUGAGAAUGUGGCAACAAGAUCCAGAGUGCCAAAUGCCACUAGCUCAUGACUAGCUGUUACUCUCACUCCAAUUUUUGGAUACAGUAAAUCAUUGUAAAAGAAAAACACAGUUUUAUCUAAUUUGAGCACUUGCUGUGAUGUGUAGCUAAACAGAAGGCUACAUGUCCUGGAGAAAAAAUGUGUGCAGCAGUAAGCUCUCAUGCACCAAAUGGCACUAUCUCCUGCACUUUUCUUAACCCUUUCAGGGUUGGUACCGUACUAGUACGGCUUGCACACCAGGGUUGGUGCAGUACUAGUACGCAUAAAUUCUAGCACCUUCAAAUCUAGCGAGAGAAAGCUGGUAGGCCUACAUAUGAAAGAAUUGAUCUAUGUGGUCAGUGUGCUUGGUAUAAAGAAAAUCCUGCAGCACACAGUACAUAAUGAGAAAAAAAAACUCCAUGUUUUUGGUUUAAAACAGCGACUUUGCAGUGUAUUUUUGUAUGCUAUUUAUGGUGGUAUUCUAGUUUUCCUGGUCUCAUUUUAUAGAAUGGAAGACAUAUUAUGGAAAUUGAGAUGAUUUUGAUUUUUUUCACAAUGAAAAGUACCUUGAAAUUGAGCUCAAAGUAGCGGAAAUGUUCGAUUUUUGCCAAAGUUCAAAGGUAAACAAAUCAUGCCACGCGUCCAAUACAAGUCAACUGGUGAGUGUAAUAUUCUUUCACAAGUGCCCUGAUAUUAUUUAUACCAUUUCUACGCCAUUUCUACACGAAUGCAGUAGUCUGCAUAACAUAAAUCUUC